AUGGGUGGGAAGCACAUUAAGGUAAAUUUAGGGGCAGAUGGGGUUGCAAUAGUCACUUUCUCGCGCCCUCCAGUCAAUGCUUUCAAUACGGUAAUGUGGCAGGAAAUACCCAAAGUAUUUGACAACCUCAGUCUCGAUCCUGCUGUGAGAGUCGUAGUGCUGGCUUCUACAGAACGAGCUUUCACUGGUGGAAUAGACCUGAAGGAUAUUGCGGACUUCUUUCAGGAGGGCGAUGACAGCGCCCGAAUAGCGUUGCAGUUUCGUCCCUUGAUAUUUCAAUUCCAAAAUGCCAUCAACUCCAUAGAAAAUUGUCGGGUUCCAGUAAUUGCCGCCGUUCAUGGAUUCGCCUUUGGGCUCGGCGUCGAUAUAUUAAGUGCAUGCGAUGUUCGGUAUGCUACGGAGGAUGCGACAUUUAGUGUCAAGGAAGUAGAUAUCGGGAUGGCCGCGGAUGUUGGUAGCUUAGCCCGGUUCCCCAAGACCGUUGGGAAUGACAGUUCAGCCCGUGAAAUAGCCGUCACGGCUAGAAUUUUCAGUGCUAAGGAAGCCGAGGCAAUUGGAUUCGUUUCGAAGCUUGUGCCUGGUGGGAAACGAGAGGUUCUUGAUGCUGCUUUGGUGACAGCAAAGGAGAUUGCGACCAAGUCACCGAUCGCAGUUGCAGGAACGAAGCAUGUCCUGCUGCAUUCUCGUGAUCACACUGCCCUUGAGAAUUUGGAUUACGUUGCAACUUGGAAUGCGGUGAUGUUCCAGACUGCCGAUACAACCGAAGCCAUCAAUUCAUUCCUUCAGAAGCGAAGACCACGGUUUGGCCCUUUGGCUAGCAAAUUAUAA